AUUUCUGGCCAGGCGGCCGCGAUGCGGUCGCAGCAGAGAGCUCGCCAGGGCCUGGUAGGGCGGGGCGGCCAUAUCACCCUGCUCUCCAACUAACGCCUCGCGUUCCAGAGCAAGCUGGGGCACGGUCUUCUCGCCAUGGGCUCCGGGCCGCGCGGGGCGCUGAGCUUGCUGCUCCUGCUGCUGGCAUCGCCAAGCCGUCCGGUCGUGGGCUGCCCCGCCCCAUGCCACUGCGCAGGGACGCGCGUGGACUGCGGGCGUCGCGGGCUGACGUGGGCCUCGCUUCCAGCCGCCUUCCCGCCGGGCACGACGGAGCUGGUGCUGACGGGCAACAACCUAACGGCGCUGCCUCCAGGGCUGCUGGAUGUGCUGCCCGCUCUGCGUACCGCGCACCUGGGCGCCAACCCCUGGCGCUGCGACUGCCACCUGCUGCCCCUGCGCGCCUGGCUCGCCGGCCGCCCCGAGCGCGCGCCCUAUCGCGACCUGCGCUGCACAGCGCCCGCAGCGCUGCGGGGCCGCUUGCUGCCAUACCUGGCUGAGGAGGAGCUGCGAGCCGCCUGCACUCCCGGCGCGCUCUGUUGGGGGGCGCUGGCGGCGCAGUUGGCGCUACUCGGCCUGGGGCUGCUGCAUGCACUGCUGCUGGGGCUGCUGUUGUGCCGUCUGCGCGCCCGCGUCCGUGCCGCGCCCGACUUGUGGCUUAGCGCCCCGCUGGUGGCAGAGGGGGCCGGAGCAAGCGCUUCCUGAAAGGUGACGCCUGGCUCUGAGCGACGCGGGUCUGAAAACUCGACAAAAGCCCCAGAAGUCCUCUCCCUAACCUUGAGACCACUGUCGUACUUGGCCCCUGCCCAAUCUCCGAGACACCUUACCCGUCGCUGCAGGCCAGAUCCACGUGGGCCAGACACUGCUGACACUCCCAUCCCUAGCAAGGCGAACUGAUGCUCCCUGGGUUUGGGGAGGUGAGGGGGCAAAUUGCAGCUCACACCCUACAGAGUCUUCCUCGCCCCAACUUCUGUGUAAAAUAAACCCUUCUCCUCGUGGCCAAUAUCUGCACCACCUACCCUGGGAGUGCCGCUCCCCAAACCACAGAUAGGCAGAAGGAGGCUCACAACAACACGAGCAUUCAUUCACACUCACCUAAAGUGACUUGAAGAGCAGUAGGUAAACACCACCGAAGACUUCCCUCUCUCAGAAGUUGGCCAGAGGGUGAACGUACUAAAAGCAGUGAGAACACCAUGGAGAAGUGUGGACACCAUGUGGGCAGCAACAACUCUCUGAGGCAGUGAGGACACUGUGGGCAGUGAGGACACUGUAGGCAGUGAGGACACUGUGGGGGUGAUGGGGACACUGGGGGCAGUGAGGACACUGUGGGGGUGAUGGGGACACUGUGGGCAGUGAGGACACUGGGCAGUGAGGACACUGUGGGGGUGAUGGGGACACUGUGGGCAGUGAGGACACUGGGGCAGUGAGGACACUGUGGGGACAAUGAGGACACUGUGGGGGCAGUGAGGACACUAGGCAGUGAGGACACUGGGCAAUGAGGACACUGUGGGGUGAUGAGGACACUGGGCAGUGAGGACACUGGGGACAGUGAGGACACUCUGGGAAGGUGAGGACACUGGGGACAAUGAGGACACUGUGGGGCAAUGAUGACACUGUGGGGAGAAUGAGGACACUGUGGGGACAAUGAGGACACUUUGGGAGCUAUGGGGACACUCUGGGGACAGUGAGGACACUCUGGGGCAGUGAGGACACUGGGGACAAUGCAGGCACUGUGGGGCAACGAGGACACUUUGGAGGCUAUGGGGACACUGUGGGGCAGUGAAGACACUGUGGGACAAUGAGGGCACUGUGGGGGCUAUGGGGACACUAUGGAGCAGUGAGGACACUGUGGGGUAGUGAGGACACUGUGGGCAGUGAGCAUACUCCAGGGACUCUGCAAAGGAAUGUGGAAGCUGCAGGUAUUGAUGUUGUGGCACAGAAAAUGAGGAUACCAGGGAGGGUGGGGACACUGCAGAGCCUUGGGGAGCCUCUAGCAGAAAGCAUCCCGCUGGGCUCUAGUGAGCCCAUCUGUGGGUCUGUGCGCUGGGCAGGGAGGUCCCCAGAGGGCACCUGGGACCAGGGGUAGUAUCAGUGGGAGGGUCUUACUGGGCUGGACAGGAGGCCGUUUUGUUCAGGUGAACUCUGUGACGCUGAGCAGAUCUUGGGGCAUCAGGUGGCCCGAGAAUAAGUGAGAGCCGUCAACCUAAGGAAAGUCCAGGGAAAUGAGGCUGACAGGGCCCGGGGGUGGGGCAGUGAGCUGGUCCCCAAGGCAAAGACGAGCUCAGGGGACGGCAGUACCCCCUAGACACUUGGGCGUGCCAAACGCAACAAUGCCAGAGUGGGUGGCAGGCUUGGAGAGUAUGGGCACUCCACACAGUGCAGGCUGUACUGUCCAGCAGCAGCGCUGCCUUCACAGCCUCCUGCCUGCACCCUAAGGGGUCAGACUACCUGCCCCACCAGCCCUUGGGCCACACACCCAUCUGUGUAGUUUCCAAACCAGGCCUGGCCUCUGCAGCCUCUCUCUGCCUUGAGUGGGGUGGGGACCUAGGGGCAACAAGGGCUGGAGGGAGCACUAAGUAUUGUCUGGUGUCAAAAAGGCGCCAGGACCCUAGACAGGGAGAAAUCCUGCACUCCAAGGAAGGAAGUAGAAAAGGCAGGGGACACUCAGGGAGAGGAGGGAGCUUCAGUCUGUGCAGUGUGACCACAGGGACACUGGGCAGAGCCUGGCUCUCUCCAGCAGUGGGAGGAGCAGGAGGACAGCCCCCAGGGUGCACUGGGCCUGAGGAGGCUCAGGAGCGUAGGUCCCUGGGUGUGGGAGAGGCAGGGUCUGUGGGGGGUCUGCUUCCCGUGUUAUUCAGAUGCUUCGCCAGGAGAGUGAGGCUCAGAGGAUCCCCGGGAGGCCAGGGGGCCAGGAGGAUUCUCUGAGGAAAGUGUAGAGGUAGAAGAGGGAAGGCGCUCAGAGUAGGGGUCGUCAGGGGCUCCACGGGGCUGGGAGGAUGCUGAGGACAGUGGAUGCUCAGGGGUUUGGGGUUUCCUGAGGGUGGUGAACAUGUUUUGUUGGCAGCAGUCAGGGCCAUCAGGGACAGAUAGGGCUUAGGGUAACUGUGGGGGCUUCUUAGGUGCUAUGGGAUUUCCUGGGCAGUCUGGGUGAGAAGCUAGGCAUCUGGAGGGCAGGGCAGUGCCAGGGUGAUGGAGCCAUGGGGGAGGGGGCCCUGUUGGUGUGAAUGGGGCUGCUGGGUGUCUGGAGCCCUUGUGCCGGAAGUAAGCCAGGCCUUCCCUCUACAACCCUGGUCCCACCAAAACCCAUUGCCAUCGAGUUGAUUCUGACUCACAGAGACUCUGUAGGACAGAGUAGAACUGCCCCAUAGUGUUCCAAGGAGCUACUGGUAGAUUUGAACAGCUGCUUUUUGGUUAGCGGCCAUAGGUCAACCACUGCCCCACCAGGGCUCCUGGUCCCACCAGGCUGCCGCCAAUCCAGCCUCCCAAUCCUACAGCCUAAUCUCUGCCUCCAACCCCAGGUCUCUCCUCCAGAGCUAUUGGGCACCUCCCAUCUACU